UCUGCUUUCUUUGGAUUUCUUAGUCAAUCUUCAGCGGCAACUUUUGAUUAGCUGCCGGCGAUCGGGAUUCAUAUCGCCGCUUAAGAUACGUAAUAGAUUCAGAGAUGGAGGAGGGAUCGAUGGGAGCUUUGGUGCCGGCGGUGAAGUCCGAAGUAAACACAGGGUCAUCUCAUGAUUUACAGUGGGGGUCCGGCGACAGGAACACCGUCGAAGGAGGAAGAGGAUCGGAAACGACGGAUAGGGAGUUUUUAUGUCCGAUUUGUAUGCAGAUAAUCAAGGACGCGUUUCUGACGUCUUGUGGACAUAGCUUCUGCUACAUGUGUAUCAUCACUCACCUUGACAAUAAGAACGAUUGCCCUAGUUGCGCUUCUUCACUCACCACCAACCAGCUCUUCCCUAAUUUCCUACUUGAUAAGCUAUUGAAGAAGACUUCUGCAUCCCAAGCAUUAAAAACUGCCUCCCCAUUGGAACAAUUUCGCCAGGCAUUACUCCAGGGUUAUGAAGUAUCAGUAAAGGAACUCGAUACACUGCUGUCACUUCUUUCUGAGAAGAAAAGAAAAUUGGAGCAAGAAGAAGCCGAGAAAAACAUGCAAAAUCUUGUUGAGUUCCUCCAGUGCUUAAGGAAAAAGAAAAUUGAUGAACUUUCUGAGGUGCAAAAUGAUGUCAAGUAUAUCAAAGAGGAUAUUAGCUUGGUGGAGAGACAUAGAAUGGAAUUAUAUAGAGCUAGAGAUAGGUAUUCGGUGAAAAUGCCAAUACAUGGUGAAUUAACAGGAUCAAAAUCAUGGUCUUCUUCAUCAAUAAAUAGAGACAAUCUUUUAGUUCCUUCUGGGAAAUCACAAGGUAUCCAGAUGAAAGAAGCUUCCAGUGGAUUGAGUUCACAACAUACAACAAGUCAAUCAAGUCUUGCUGUUACACGAAAAAAACGUGUUCAAUCUCAGUUUAAUGACCUGCAACAAUGUUACUUGCAAAAAAGAAGACAAGUAGCAAAUCCAUUACAGAAUCUUGAUAAAAGGGAUGUUGAUUCUUCACAAAGAGAAGGUUAUAGUUCAGGCCUAUCAGAUUUUCAAUCUGUACUUUCUACUUUUACACAAUACAGUCGAUUAAGGGUGAUUGCAGAGCUUAGGCAUGGUGAACACUUUCAUUCAGCCAACAUUGUAUCCAGCAUUGAGUUUGAUCGUGAUGAUGAAUUGUUUGCUACUGCUGGAGUUUCAAGGCGUAUAAAGAUUUUUGACUUUUCAACAGUUGUAAAUGAACCUCCAGAAGUACAUUGCCCUGUUGUGGAGAUGCCAACAAGAUCAAAACUUAGUUGCUUAAGCUGGAACAAGCAUACAAAGAAUCAUAUAGCUAGUAGUGAUUAUGAAGGAAUAGUAACUAUCUGGGAUGUGAACACACGACAGAGUGUGAUGGAGUACGAAGAACACGAAAAACGUGUCUGGAGUGUUGAUUUCUCAAAGAUGGAUUCAUCAAUGCUUGUAUCCGGUAGUGAUGACUGUAAGGUAAAAAUAUGGUGCACAAAGCAAGAAUCAAGCGCUAUCAACAUUGAGAUGAAAGCAAAUAUAUGUUGUGUCAAGUACAACCCGGGGUCCAGCAAUCACAUUGCGGUGGGGUCAGCAGACCAUCAUAUCCAUUACUAUGAUUUAAGGAACACAAGCCAACCUCUUCAUAUCUUUCGUGGCCACCAAAAAACAGUUUCAUAUGUAAAGUUUCUGUCAAAUGCCGAGCUGGCAUCUGCAUCGACCGACAGUACUCUGCGCUUAUGGGACGUGACACGAAACAUUCCUGUUCGGACAUUGAGAGGUCACACAAAUGAGAAAAACUUUGUGGGUCUUUCUGUAAACCAUGACUUUCUUGCUUGUGGGAGUGAAACUAAUGAAGUAUAUGCGUAUCAUAAGGCGAUAUCAAAGCCGCUGACGUGGCAUAGAUUUGGGGCACCUAAUGUGGAGGAUAGUGAUGAGGAUGGAGGGUCUUAUUUUAUCAGUGCUGUAUGUUGGAAGAAUGAUAGUCCAACCAUGUUGGCUGCUAACAGUCUGGGUACUAUAAAAGUUUUGGUGCUUGCACCCUAAGAUGGAUCCUGACCGUUGAUCUAACUCUCAUUAUAUAUUAUUGUCUUGUUUGUAUUUGUAAAUACUAAAUGCUACGGAUAAGUUCAUAUCUAUAGGAAGAGAAUAUGUGGUCUUUGUAAUUUUAGUUUGUAGGAAAACCAUUUUGAUUGUAAUUUAAGCAGGAAUUUUGUUUUCAGUUGUGUAAUCAUAUAAACUUUUUAUAAGAUAUAGUAAUGUCAUUAGCUAAUC